CAGGCUUUCGUCGCUAACAACUGGCAGACGAUCUGAGGACAUCAAACCCGAGGCCUUCUGCCUUUCUCUGAGAGGGAGUAUUUCCUCAUCUGUGUUGUCGAGACAUACGGUUGGCAGGGGCCAUGAGUAGCUGCUGGGGUGACAGUCUCCAAAACCCUUUGACGUGGAACACCUAAAAUGGGGACAGGAUUUGCUGCCAUGCUGCAAGCUCAGCUCUAAUCACCGUGAAGACGCCCUUCCGUUCACCUUUCUCUCUACAUAGAUUUAACCUGCUUGCCCCUGACCUGCAAUCCUUUUUAAUUUGAAACUGCUACUUGCUACCGCUCCGCCUUCAACUACUAUUUUUUGCCCCUCCUUUCUCAAACACUCCUAAUCCAAACCAUGGCCAGCAGACUUUGUUUGUCCUCCCUGGUUCUCUCCCUCCUGCUCCCUGCACUGUUGCUCCUCCACCUGCCUGGCAUGGUGAAAGGGGACUGCUGGCUGAUAGAGGGGGACAAAGGCUAUGUUUGGCUGGCUAUCUGCAGUCAGAACCAGCCUCCAUACGAGACCAUCCCCCAGCACAUCAACAGCACGGUUCAUGACCUGAGGCUGAAUGAGAACAAACUUAAGGCUGUGCUAUUUACCUCCAUGUACCGCUUCACAAACCUUACUGACCUCAAUCUUACCAAGAACGAGAUCAGUUACAUCGAGGAUGGGGCCUUUGCUGGACAGGCCAACCUACAGGUUCUCCAGCUGGGCUACAACAAGCUGACAAACCUGACUGAGGGCAUGUUGAGAGGUCUGGGUCGAAUGCAGUGCCUCUUUUUGCAACACAACCUUAUUGAGGUCAUUGCCACCAAUGCCUUCUGGGAGUGCCCCAGCCUCAGCAGCCUGGACUUAUCUUCCAAUAAGUUGGCUCGUCUUGACCCAUCUACCUUCACUGUCCUCAACAGGCUGCUGGUGUGUGAACUAGCAGGAAACCCGUUCCACUGUGGCUGUGAGCUCUACAGCUUCCUCACCUGGCUGGAGGCGUUUAACAAUGUAACCCACACUUAUGACCGCCUCCAAUGCGAAACCCCUCUGGAAAUGACUGGUUAUCCACUUCUGAGCCCGCUGCCCGGACACGGAAAAAAUGCCCGUUACGCUCUUUUAUCAAUGUGUCGCGAUGGUGUGAUUAUUCCAGGGAUGACCUCCCAGACACCAGAUCAAGAUGGAUCAGGUAUGGGUUUGGACAUCCCAGACCAAGGUCUGUACCACCAACCAACCAUAUCGUCCACUGCAGACCCUACCUAUAAUCAUCAGAUUUCCAUGAAGCUUCAAACUGUCUCCCUCUACACCGCUUCUCUAAUGGUGCAAAUCCCACGACCAUACAGUAAGAUGUACAUCCUCUCCAAGUACAACCACACGUUUUUUGAAGACAUCAAGCCCCUUAAAAACAAAAAGGAGGUACUCAUUUUGGACAAACUGAAACCUCACACAAAUUACACUUAUUGUGUGGCUUCUGCAAGCAAAACUCAGCGCUACAACCACACGUGUCUGACCUUUUCUACACGAGCUAUGGGGUCAGAGGACCAGCGAACCGAUCCAUCCACAACUACCCACUACAUCAUGACCAUCUUGGGAUGUCUGUUUGGCAUGGUCAUUGUGCUUGGAUUAGUCUAUUACUGUCUCAGACGACGACGCAUCGAGGAAGAGAAGAAGAAAGCUAUAAGCGUGAAGAAAACUAUUUUGGAGAUGAGGUAUGGCCCAGAGGCGGCUGCGGCAGUGGCCAAUGACCCAGGUGCCAUGCAGCGUCUCCAGGAGCAGGCUCACCACCAGCACCACCAUUCAGGAGGAGCAGGCGGCAAGCUGCCCCCGUCUGCCUCCUCUAGCACAGGCAUGCUCCAUGGCUCCGCCAACACCAGUUCUUCUCGCCUCUCCACCCUGCCGCAGGUGGAAAAAAUGGCCACUGCCUUCUCUGAGGCAAUGGGCAGCAAGGGCAACUACAUGGAUGUGAGGACGGCGGGAGUGGCAGGGGAAGGCAGAGAGGGAGGGGUGGGAGCUGGAGGAGCAGUGAUAGCAGGGGAGGUAGUUGUGGAUAGGCGAGGCGGGGCUGAGAAUGGGAUAGAGGCUGGGGAGGAUUCGGAUGACGAUGGCCGUGGCUCAGCAUCAGAGAUCUCCACCAUUGCCAAGGAGGUGGACAAGGUGAACCAGAUCAUCAACAACUGCAUUGAUGCUCUGAAGCUGGAUGCCUCUGCUAAUGUUGUAACCACGGCUGACAACGGCAACUCUGUUUCCUCCUCCCAGCCACCAACUUGCAUUGCGUCCCUCCCCCGCAACCUCCUGCCCCUCUCUCCAGGCCACCCUGGAGAUCAGAUCAUGGCCUCCUCUCCAAAGGUGCAUCUAAAGUCUCACCCCCAGCCUCAUCCUCAGCCCCAUCCUCAGCCACAUCCUCAGCCUCAUCCUCAUCCUCAGCUACAUCAGCUGCCUCACCCGCCUUCUAUGGCCCCAGUGCCCCUGGUCAUGCCCCUGUCUGAGCGGCCAGGUAUCAGUGGUGGGGGGUUCCUCUCCCCUCCUUACCGUGACCCACCCCCAGCCAAUGCAGUGCGGCCCCUUCAGAGGCAGUUGAGCGCUGACACUGCUGUAGUGAAGAACCGUUGCGGUGCCCCCGCUGUGGGAUCUGUCAAGAGCAACAGAGUGUUCAGUGUGGAUAUCCCUGAGCAGCGCAGCGAUCCUCCCAAGUACCCAACAGAAAAAGGCAGCCCUGUGGGUUGUGGUGGAGGGGGUGGAAGUGGAGGAGCUGGCGGAAUAGGAGGCUGCAACGGGAAUGGGAUGGGAAACAUAAAUGGUGGUGGGGUGAGUGUGAAUGGGGGUGGGAUGGGGUGUAACAAGGGGAGUGGAGGUGCGGUAGUUGGCCCUGGACAGCAGCAGCACCACUUGGAAGUUCAGCCAGACUACCACAGCUCCGAGCACCGCCACUCUUUUCCUGCACUCUACUAUGAGGGCGGCAACGACUCACCCUCACAGGCCCAAAAGGCCUCAUUCCUGAAGCCACUGGGCCGCACCAAGAGGGAUGCCACAUCCACCUACUCCCAGCUCUCACCUUCUCGUCACCACAACUACAACUCUGGCUACUCCUCCAGUCCAGAGUAUUCGUCUGAGAGCACACUGCGGAUCUGGGAGCGAUUCCGGCCUUACAAGAAAAGCCCCAGAGAGGAGGCCUCCUAUAUAGCAGCAGGCCACGCCCUGCGUAAGAAGGUUCAGUUUGCCAAGGACGAGGACCUUCACGAUAUUUUGGACUACUGGAAGGGGGUUUCUGCCCAGCAGAAGCUGUAAGCAGAGGAAGCUAAGUCGAAUGUUCUUAGGAAGAUUCUGAAGUUGGAUUCCAACAGCAGACUAAUAAAGGAGAAUAGAUGUUAAUGUAGCAAGAUAUAUGAUAUUUCCUGUGAGGUGUCAAGUGACAAGGGUCGUUUCCCUGGGUGAUUUUUUUUUUUAUUGAUUCUAUGACAAUUCUAUGACAAUCUAUUGGCAUUUUAAGAGGUUGUCUGUUUUCACCACAAUACUAAGUAGUAAUUGACAAGAAUCAAGCUGUUCACCAGGCUACCUUAUACUGGGCACCUUGGUCCUCGCAAGCUUCCGUAGACCUGCUGAAUCCCUACUAAUGAGCAAAAAAGAGGUGGUAACCAGCACCUCUUCUUUUACCUGCCUUUUACCUCAAUACUGGUACACUGUAGCUCGGUUAUCUCACCAGAAGCAGCUCCAUUCAUGAUUUACCCCCCCCCCCCAGCUUCUAUUCCCAUCAAACCUCCAUUCACACAACAAUCAUUCCACUGCACCUCCAACACCUGUUCUCCUAUAGAAGCAUCAUUUAGGGAGAUAAUGAGGGAGGGAGCAGGAUGAGGAAUUAGGUGCAUUUGUUUUAGAGUAGCCUGAAUAUCCCUCUUUGGGGGAGGACAUUCGAUGGUACUUAUUGGGCUAAUUGUUCUUCCUGGCAUUUAGCCAGUGUAAGAAUAGGUCGGGGAGGAUGUGUGUUGAGCAUGCUUAUCGAUUCGAAACACCUAACUACAUAUGUUCAACGGUGUGUGGGCAUGUAUACAGUAUGUGCAUGCUGGGGUGAGUGUCUGUGUGUGGGUGGGAGAAUAGGGUUUGGGUUGAGGCUGAGUCGUCCAUUAUUCUCAGCCUCCUCUACGGUAGUAAAGUGGAUUGCUUAGUGGAGAUGUUUUGCAUAUAGAUACCCUCCCAUUUGGGGAGUUGUGUGUGUACAUGAAUGUGUGUGGCCCAGCCUGUCUGUCGAUCUAGAUGACGUGAAUUAAACCCCUUCAAGAUCGGCAGGCACUUUUGUCUCCUAGCCCAUUUCUUAUUUACAGCUGUAGCGUAUUUCUUUUGAGAAGGGAAGCUAUGAGGUUGGAAAUUUACAUUUCAAUAGUGCAAGUCAUGCAGAAAUUACUUUAGGGUGGGUUGUGCAGGUUGGCAAGACAGGUGUUAGCUCCUAUAUUAAAGAACCCUGUAAUCACAUUUAGGAAUAGAGGCAGAUUGAGAGCAGGUUAGAGGUUUGCAGCAUCUCAUUUUGAACAUGCCAACGUUGAAGAGACAAAAUACGGUCCUUAUAUCAGCUCAAGUCGAUAAAUAUGUCAUAUGCUCCCUGCACUACACAGUGAGAUACAAUGGAUGAUAAGCAGAGUGAAGGCCCAAAGGAUACUCUGCUUAGAUGGCCGUCCACUCACUAUAUAUGACCCUGCUUUGCUCUGGGCUGGAGCUUGCUAUGAACCAAAGUGCCCAAAGUGAGGUAUGAUUUCACAACUUUUUAAUUAUAUUUAUUAUAUUUGCUUUUCCUUUUAAAUAUGGUUAAUAGGGAAUAAUGUAGCCCCAAGGAUUUAAUUUGGUUUAUUAUUUAAGAUUUGGGUUUGACUUUAUGGGUGUUACAAUGAAAUCUGUUGAAACAAAUAGGAGCAAGGCUUGGUAUUAUUACAGACCAAACAAAGAGACUUUGUUAUGAGACAAAUGUUUAUCUCACUCACAUUAUGCACAGAACAUUCUCAUACACAAGAGACAAAAAUGCUGAUGACUCUAUCCGUACAAAUGCUUUGGAAUUUACAAAAGUAGGCUACUUCUCAUCCAUAUAAAUUAUCUUUAUGCCCUACCUUUGCAUUGACAUCCAUUCUGUGAAAAUAUUAAUGUCAGCUGGACUAUAUAGUCAGAAUUCCUUUUUCUGCCCAUUCUUACUAUCCUCACCACUGCCAUCCUGACCUCUCUUUCUCUACUGUGAUACAUCUCAAUUGAAAAGGUAUUAAUUCUGUUUUAAAAUGUCUAAUUAAUUCAUUCUCCUCCAUGUUUUUCCCCUGCCCGCCACCUCUGUCUAACUUAAUGGGGGUAAAUUAAUGAGUAAUUUGCAGAGGUUGAUGUCGUACCAUCGUCAGAGGUCAGAAGAGCGUGCUGAUAUUAUUAACUCUGCCAGACUGGGAGCCUGAUUGAAAUUAAUGACGGCUUUCUUGGUCUGCCUAUCUUUCUUCUAUCCCUGCCUCCCUCAUCAGAUGCUUAACCAGGAACGGUCCUCAGUAAGACACUCUAAAAAAAACUAAGGUAGGAUUUAUGCUUCACCAUGACUGUGCAGGGUAUGAUUAGGCCAAGGUAAGGUGAUAUAACCUCCUGUGCCGUUAUUAUUUGUCUUUUGAGUCCGAUCGGUCAAGAAGGACCAGUCUAUCAAGCCUGGAGGUAAUGCAUUUCUAUUUGAUUUUCCACUGGGUUAACUUUGAUAUCAUCGUUUUGACAGGUCUAGAAUUCUCCCGCUGUUCAAGGUGUGAGUUUGAUGAGGAAAGGGAAAGCGAUGGGUGGCAUUUAUGCUUUGACCUAUGAAGAUCUCUGUCUACAGAAUUGGGCUCUAUUCAGAAGUUAGAAGAUAAAUCUGUUGUGAAGUAACAGAAGACGAUUCAUGUGUAUAAAGUGCAUGCACAUUGGACCUUUUACCUAAAUAGUACACUCUAUUGCUUAAGUAGAAAGUAGUUCUAGCAAAAAACUGACCACAACAAUGUAUGUUACCGUAUGUAACCAGGAUCAUUUUUAAAUUGUGGUAUAUCAAUGCUGUGAGCACUAAAAACAAAUUGAGAAUGAGAAAUGAGAAAAUAUGUUUUGUACUUUGGGUGAACCAACUAUUUAAUUAUGCUGUAGUGAUCUACCCACUGUUUUUGCUUUUGAUAUUCCAUUGUGUUUCAUAUGAAUAAUGACUUUCCCUCUGCUCUCUAUGUCAUGUGUGGCAGCCAAUCCGAUAGACCCACUAGCAUUCACAAUGGGAUGUCCAAGGCGCGUCAUUACUCUGCUAUCAGAUCAAUAGAACUUAAUUUGGUUGGGUGGGACCACAUAACAAAACAGAGCAAAUUCCCUUUGGCACUCAGUAGGACAGCUUCCAUUUUUAUAAAGAGCCCAGUUUUCUAUUUUGGCCUAUUGUUCAAAUUCCACUUGCAGCUCCCCUAUGUUUUAGGUCGAAGGAAUCACCAAUCAAUUAAUUUUAGAUUAGUACCACAGGCUAUGUAGAGGUGGAAGCUUUUUAAAAAUAAUGGCUUCAUUUGGAAGAAUGGGCGGAAUAGAGCUGAGGUUACCUACAUAUAGCCUCAAGGCUUUUCCCUGGAUGUAAAGAAUAACUAGCUCAGUUAUUCAUAAGCACAGUGUCCAAUUGUCAUAAUUUGCUUGAUAUCAUUAAUCAUUCUGUCCAAUGGUCCAUUUUUCUUAUUUGAACCCUCAUGCUUUUAUUUAAUUAUUUACACUUACUCUUUAAUUCACUUGCUUUUCAAAUAGAUUUUAUUUUGCUCUGCCCUGUUUGUGUAAAUGCACAUAUCACUAAUAUAAUACAUUUCAGAACAUACAGCCAAGCCUUGCUCCUCUUCCUCAGUUGAUAUAUUUCCUUAA